UCACCGGGGAUCCUAUGCAUGAACGACGCAAUGGUGUUGCUAGGCAACUGCUCUCAGACACAAGACUUGCCUGAAUUAAAAUAGUGGAAUGAAGCGGUGCAUGAUAUACUCUUGUAGCAUGGGAGACGGAGUAAGGAUUCUGUAGUGUCUAUGGAAAGGCAAAUUAACAGUCAACGUUAUGAUUUAACUGCUUUAAUAGUUCGUUUUACUAUUUGUGGAAAAAAAAGAAUAAAUGCUUAGCUGGCUUUAAAUAUCAAUGUCUCGCUCAGCAUCCAAAGUUAGAGCAGAGAAAAGUCGUGCUGCUCCUGCUCCUGUGCUCCCACCUCCACCCUCACCAACCCACCAUGUUGACAGAGCCAGCAUUGUUCCAGGCCACCUCACCAAAUCUGAAUGGAUGGAUAUGGUGGAACAGGAAGAGGGAGAGGAGGUGGUGGCAGAGCUUCUGGACGAGCUAAUGUGCAGAGUGAUGGAGAAGUGCUACCAGGUUUACCUACAAAGACAGCUGGUACCGUUCACAGUGUCCUGGGCACAGCAUUCACUGGUUCAGACACUGGAAUGGCAGUUCCUGGUACGGGACGAUGGUGACGGGCAAGACCAUGCCCCUUUCUGGGAACAGGACAGUGAGCCUCCACCUUGCGAAAUUGAUUCCUGGGCACAGGGCUGUGUACCUGUUGUACAUUCCAGACCCAUACCAAAAAAUAUCCCCCUACAGAGAUCAGCGGAGCUCCCUCUGGCAGAUGCUGCAAAUCCAGGUAGUCCACAGGCCAAGAAUAUAUCCCAAUCAGAGAGGAAGGAGGAUCAUUCUGACUGGUACCCCUGUAAAGAGGACAAGAAUCAGAAUGGCUGUGAGGGACAUGCAGGUUUGAAACCAAGAAUGCUGAUCCCAUGCCCGCCUUCAAAAAGAGAGGACAAGAAGAAGCAUCCUCUGCCAAACUGCCCUGCAAUACAGGCUCCCCAGGGCAGGAACUCUCCCUGCGUCUCCAGGGGGCCUAUCAGCCACUCAAUUAACAUGGAGGAGCAUCCCAUCCCAAAGGAACAGACCAUCUCUGUCUCCAAAUACAAACGUGCCCAGAAGCACUCGGACCUCUCUGCAGUGAAGAGGCUUGACGCUGCUCGCCUUGUCCGGCACCAAGUCUUGCCAGGGUUUGAGGUUCUAGAGUCUCAUGUGUCACAGCUACCCAUUGGAAAGUCUUCUGUCCCUCCCAUACCACAUCAGAAACAGGAUAAGCACAACACAAAGCUGCCAGCUGCUGUCAAACCACCAACCAAUUCUCAGAUGCCUCACAAAGUCCGCCGUAGGAGUACAGUAGAUGGAGCCCUUUGGCUUUCCUCCAGAAAGAGAAACAUCCAGGAUGUGGGCCAGUCCCUGGGCUCCAUGCCCCUCUCUGCUGGCCUUCUACUGGACACCAUAGUGUUGUCCCCAGGAGUAACCCUCAAAGACCCCCGCAAAGUCCAUACCAACACUUAUGAAAUGCGUCUGUCCCAGACUGGCCAAAGAGCAAAUUUAGAACCUAUCAGAAGCAGCCUGCCAACUCCACUCUUCUCUAAGGACCAGCUGAUGUCAGGAUAAACCAUAUGUGCUGCCCUGGCUGGACACUGCCCAGUGAUUAAAGUGAUAGACUGAAGCUGAUUUACGCCAUAGUGGUUUUGUCUUACAUUCAAUAUGGUACUAAUAGCUUUCAUGGUCAAAGUAUGGGGAAAAAAGUAUAUUUUUGUUAACAUCUUUUUGUGAUAAUGCUUCAGAUGUACUUUCCUAAAACAAUGAAAAUUAUGAAAAGACUAAUUAAAUUCUAAUUUCUGAUAGGCUUUGGUAAUACCUCUUCCACGUUCACUUGUAUUGCAGGUACAGUAAUGGUGUAUGCUUUGUGUAUUCAUAAGCCCUUUUAGACACUAGCUUGGAGCAAAAGAAAGAUUAUGAGGUUAAACAUCUUGCAUGUAUGUCAUUUUGUUUCACUCUUACACAUAUUGUCUAUAUUGUAUUUGGCAGUUAAUUCAUCAUUGUGACAGAGGAGACACUUAUUGAUACCAUCACUAUGCAAUGGCGCUAAUGAAAAUACUGUAGUUCAUGUAAUUCAAAGCAAAUUUAUUGGAGAAUAAUAAAACUAUAGUAAGUUUUAUAAAGCACUUAUCAAAACACAUUUACAAAGUUCUUCACUAAAACAUCACAAACAGUCAAAAACCCACAAAAAGUUUAAAACAAACAAAACACAAUAAUAAAUUGUAAAACUGGAGCAAGAGAAGAGUAGGAACAUAAAAGGCAAAAGCAUAGUCUGUAUUUAAAAUACUGAAAAAAGACUAAAAUUCAGAAUGUAAUAUUUACGUAAAAUCUAGCCUAAAAGAACAGUUUUUAAAAGGGCUUUGAAAGAAGACUGUGAUUUGGCUAGCCUGAUCUCCUUGGGCAAGUUGUUCUGGAAUCUUGGGGCCCUGGUGGAAAAAGCUCAGUCCCCUUUGUUUUCAGCUUAUAAUAUGGAACAAUCAGAAAGCCCUUACCUGAGGACCUCAGGCUGGGCUUAGGCUCAUAGGAGAUUAAAAGCUCAGUGGUAUAGGUAUGGGCUAGGCCCAAACAUGUCUUAAAGGUAAUCAAUAACAUUUUAAAAUCGAUUCAGAAUUUUCAUGGCAAUCAAUAGAGUGAAACUACAAUGGG